UAUUAGGGAUUAAGUAUGCUUUAACAUGCUUGCACCAAAGAGUUUAACUUGGUUUACUAUACUUUUCUAUACGUGUAACAAAAAAAAAAACAGGUUAAUUCCUAUUUCAUUUCAGUAUCAGAGACAUUGUCAUUUUGGAACAAUGAAGAAAGGGAGCACGUGUUUCACAGUGCGUUUUCAAGAUGAACAAAACACAGACCAAGAAAGCAUGCAGAAAGCCUUUAAGAAGUUCAGACAAAUGCACCAGAAAAGACUCAAGAAGCUGAAACAGAUGAAAGUCAAUGUCCAGCGGCGGCUGCAAGAUCCAGAUCGAAGAUGGGAACUGCGGAUGAAGUUCCUGCAGCAAGCUAAAAGCUACAUUGGGGUGCCGUACCACAAGAGGUACCACCAGCCUGGAUCUCCGGAGUACGAGUCCCCUCUGUUUCUGGAUUGCUGUGGGCUGGUUCGAAAAGUGCUGCUUGACCUGAAGGAGGAUUUUGGCUUUGUUAUUGGUCCCGGAAACCAGGCCUAUCAAUACGACACCCUCCCUAUCACCUUGGCAACAGAGGCCGAUAUGAAACCUGGGGACCUUGUCUUCAUCUCCGGAUCAUACUUCAAUCCCCAAAGUAACGUGCCCAUGCCAGUAAUGGACAGUUAUCAGAUGGGAACUCGUUGCUUCUCUAGAAAUGAAGCACAUUGCUGAUAUUUGGGAGAAAUGACAAUAUAAGUCCUGUAAAACACCACCAUUAAGAAAAACAACAACAUUAGGGCCCUACUUCAUAUACUCAAUGUACA